AGCUGGAAUCUUCACUUGCCUAUCUUGCGCCUACAGCAAGAUCACACUAGAUCUGCUGCAGAUUCACUCUGAGCUGGCGUCCCUUCGUCUUUACAAUCUCAUAGCCAUCGCGCUACUCCUUGCCCCUCCCCCUUCCCCUCUCAGCCACCCGCAGCCUCAACAGGUUCCUUUGGAUCCAAAUCCAUCCAUCCCUUCCCCGCAUCGAGACGCCCUAAACAUCAAAAGUUGUCCGGCGCCUUGGGAGGCAGACUGCAGAAUGGCGCGCGUGUACGCAGAUGUCAACCAGCAGAUGCCACGGUCCUACUGGGACUAUGACAGUGUCAACAUCACCUGGGGUGUGCUGGAGAACUACGAGGUAGUUCGUAAGAUUGGUGAGGCGCCCUUUGCAAAACACCACAACCCACCAAGCAAAUGAUCUACGAUACUAAUCUGCCGGUCACCUAGGACGAGGAAAGUACUCGGAGGUCUUCGAAGGAAUCAAUGUCGUCAACUACCAAAAGUGCGUUAUCAAGGUACUGAAGCCGGUGAAGAAGAAGAAGAUAAAGAGGGAAAUCAAGAUUCUACAGAACCUCUCCGGCGGACCCAACAUAGUCGCACUUCUAGACGUGGUUCGCGACCAGCAAGUAAAUCUCUCUCCUUCUUCAAAUUAUUUCGGCGUUGUUCCCAAAGCUGGGGUUGGCAUAACCGGCGAUGAUGGAUACGUCCCUUCCGAUCAAGAAACAGACGACUCAUACAUGAUGCAGAGCAAAACGCCUUCCCUCAUAUUCGAAUAUGUCAACAACACGGACUUUCGAAGUUUGUACCCAAAGUUUGUCGACUACGAUGUCCGAUAUUACAUUUAUGAGCUGCUUAAGGUAGUGUUAUUGGCUUCUGACAAUGGGAGAAUUGAUUAUUGAUUGUGGGUAGGCCCUUGACUUUUGUCACAGCAAAGGCAUCAUGCACAGAGACGUAAAGCCUCACAAUGUUAUGAUUGACCACGAAAACAGAAAGGUAUUUAGAUAUGCUGAUAUUUUGGUUUUCGGCUACUGAUACGCACUAGUUGCGGCUAAUCGAUUGGGGUCUCGCCGAGUUUUACCACCUAGGCACCGAAUACAACGUCCGCGUUGCGUCGAGAUAUUUCAAGGGUCCAGAAUUGCUUGUUGAUUUCCAAGAGUACGACUACUCUCUUGAUAUGUGGUCUUUGGGUGCUAUGUUUGCAUCGAUGAUCUUCCGAAAGGAGCCUUUCUUCCACGGCAACAGCAACUCGGACCAACUUGUCAAGAUUGCCAAGGUGUUGGGUACCGAGGAUUUGUUCGAUUACCUUGACAAAUACGAAAUCGAACUCGAUGCCCAAUACGACGAUAUUCUAGGCAGAUUCCAGAAGAAGAGCUGGCACAGUUUUGUCAACUCCGAAAACCAAAGAUUUGUCAGCAAUGAGGCUAUUGAUUUCUUGGAUAAAUUACUUAGAUACGAUCACCAGGUAAAAUCUCUUAUGAAAUUCCCUCAAUAUCCUCUAACAUUUUUCUAGGAGCGUUUGACCGCUAAGGAAGCUAUGGCCCACCCAUACUUUGCACCAGUCCGAGCCAACGAACAGCAAGGUCGAAUCACAUCUGGUACCUCUUCUUCUGCUUUAGUGUGAAGCAAACACAGGAAUGACGGACAGUAUUCUCACUCAAGAAAAAAAAAAGCGACAGUUCAAUCCCCACACUUCCUGAUGAAUGUUGCAACGCGAACAGAAAAUAUCCUACAAGCCCCCUUUUUCUUUAUGUCACUUAAAGCAUGAUGGCAGUAUGGACUGCUACCCCGGGGAAGAAUGUUGGCCAUGGGAAAUGGGG